AUACCACAGAUAGCUCCUUUAAGUUGAUCAUUUUUAUAUAUUUAUACAAUUGGAAUUUUUAUUAUUAUUAUUAUUUUAACUUAUUAUAUUUAUUUACCUAAAAUUAAUAAUAAAAUUUAUUUUAAAAAUUUAAAUUUACCUAAAAUUUAUUGAAAAUGAUAA